AUCCACCUUCGGUUGAAUUCAUCGCCUAACAUCAGAUCCAAAAUGUCGAUCAGAGAUGCGUUUCUAUGCUUCUUAUUCAUCGCAACUUAUUCGAUUUCAGCUGCUUCUGCGGAUUCCAUCUAUGGCUGCGGUGGAUUUGUCCAGGCGAGUUCUUCGUUGGUAAAGUCGAGGAAACAAACUGAUUCCAAAUUGGAUUAUUCAGCUGUCACGUAACUGUAACAACGUUACUGGUUUGCCUGGAGUCCUUGCGUUCAAAAUGGCAUAUUAUAGAAAAACAAGACAUGCAUAAGAAAGCCCCUUCAUGUCCCUUUUUAUAAGCUAUUUUGUGGUAAACUACUGGGAGGAGGAUGCGGUGAUACAUGCACAAGGGAAUUCCUGUUUUUUUAAUUAGAUAAUGAUGCACUCGUCUCAAUUUGCACUUUUAUGGCAUUUAAUUGAUCCAUUUGUUGUAGGUUGAGCUACAAACAGUGGAUGGACUGGUAAAGGAUAGAACACAAUGUGCUCCAAAUGGAUACUAUUUUAUUCCAGUAUAUGACAAGGGUUCCUUUGUAAUUAAAGUCAAUGGUCCUGAAGGAUGGACAUGGGAUCCAGAAAAGGUCUCAGUGGUGGUUGACAAUCAUGGUUGCAAUGGCAAUGAAGAUAUAAAUUUUCGUUUCACAGGGUUCACUAUAUCUGGUAGAGUUGUGGGAGCUGUUGGGGGAGAAAGCUGCUCAGUUAAAAAUGGAGGUCCUUCCAACGUUAAAGUUGAACUAUUGUCCCUUUCUCAGGAUCUUGUCUCUUCAGUCUUAACUUCAUCAACAGGGAGUUACUUGUUUACAAAUAUAAUUCCUGGAAAAUAUGAACUCCAUGCUUCAAAUCCUGAUAUGAAAGUUGAAGUUAAAGGUUCUACACAGUUGGAAUUGGGCUUUGGAAAUGGGGUAGUUGAUGAUGUUUUCUUUGUCCCAGGGUAUAGUAUUAGUGGAUUUGUUGUUGCUCAGGGAAAUCCAAUAUUAGGAGUCCAUAUUUUCUUAUAUUCGGAUGAUGUUUCUGAGGUAGAAUGUUUGCAAGGUUCUGCUAGUGGUCCACGGCAAGGAGUAGCCCUCUGCCAUGCUGUAUCAGAUGCGGACGGAAAGUUCACAUUUAAUUCAAUACCUUGUGGAAGUUAUGAACUUGUGCCCUACUAUAAGGGUGAAAAUACAGUAUUUGAUGUUUCCCCGCCCAGUGUCUCAGUUAAUGUUAAGCAUCAGCAUGUAACUGUGCCGCAAAAAUUUCAGGUAACUGGAUUCUCUGUUGGAGGCCGUGUAGUUGAUGGAAAUGACAUUGGAGUGGAGGGUGUCAAAAUCAUAGUUGAUGGUCAUCAAAGGUCUAUUACUGACAUUCAAGGAUAUUACAAGCUUGAUCAGGUUACAUCCAAGCAUUAUACCAUAGAGGCACAAAAAGAGCAUUACACAUUCAAGAAAUUGGAGAAUUAUAUGGUAUUGCCAAAUAUGGCUUCAAUAGAAGAUAUUAAUGCCAUUUCAUAUGAUCUUUGUGGUUUGGUUAGGAUGGUUAGUGGUGGUCUGAAAGCAAAGGUGGCUUUGACUCAUGGACCUGAUAAUGUGAAACCACAAAAGAAACAAACAGAUGAAAAUGGAAACUUCUGCUUCAAGGUUCUACCUGGUGAAUAUCGCCUGUCAGCUAUUGCUCCUACUCCUGAGGAUACUGCUGGACUCAUGUUUUCUCCAUCUUAUAUUGAUGUUGUGGUCAAAAGCCCGUUGUUGAAUAUUGAAUUUUCUCAAGCUCUGGUCAAUAUUCACGGUGCUGUGGCCUGCAAGGAGAAAUGUGGUCCGUCUGUAUCUGUUACCCUUAUGAGACAGGUUGAUAAACAUAAUGAAGAGAGAAAGACAAUUAGCUUGACCCCCGAGAGUGAUGAAUUUCUGUUUUCAGAUGUUAUUCCUGGAAAAUACAGACUUGAGGUCAAACAUAGUUCACCUGAAUCAGUGACCUUGGAAGAUAAUUGGUGCUGGGAGCAGAGCUUCAUAGAUGUAAAUAUUGGAGCUGAGGACUUAAAAGGAAUCCUUUUUGCUCAAAAAGGCUAUUGGGUGAAUAUUAUCUCCACUCACAAUGUUGAUGGUUACAUGACUCAACCAGAUGGUUCAACUGUGAAUUUGAAGAUUUUGAAAGGUUCCCAGCGUAUAUGUGUGGAAUAUCCUGGCGUACAUGAAUUUGUUUUUGUUGACUCGUGUAUUUUCUUUGGGAGUUCAUCAGUGAAAAUUGAUACACAUAAUCAAUUGCCUAUCCAUCUAAAAGGAGAAAAGUAUCUUCUCAAAGGACAGAUAAAUGUGCUGUCUGGUUCACUUGAUGCAUUGCCUGAGAAUAUAGUUGUUGAUAUUCAUCAUGAUGGAGCUGGUGAUAUUGAUCAUGCUACAGCUACAUUAAAGUCCCAUGAGAAGGAUCAAACAGCUAUAUUUGAGUAUUCUUUUUGGGCCAAUCUCGGAGAAAAGCUUACCUUUGUUCCAUGGGACUCAAGGAACGAUGGGCAGAAAAAACUUCUAUUUUAUCCUAGGGAGCAUCAUGUAUCAGUGACAGAUGAUAAUUGUCAAGCUCAUAUUCCAACAUUUUCUUGUCAACUGGGUGUAUAUUUUGAAGGGUCAGUUUCACCUCCUCUUUCUGGCGUUCAUAUCAGGGUUUUUGCUGCUGGAGACAGUAGCAUUACUGCACUUAAAAGUGGUGAAUUAGUACUUGAAACAAGCACUGGGACCGAUGGUUCUUUUGUGGCAGGUCCUCUGUAUGAUGAUGUUGGUUACAAUGUUGAAGCUUCAAAGCCUGGAUAUCAUUUAAAACAAGUUGGGCCUUAUUCCUUUACUUGUCAGAAGCUUAGUCAAAUUUCAGUACGUAUACAUCACAAAGAUGAUGCCACAGACCCUAUUGCUUCUGUUCUCUUAUCUCUGAGUGGUGACAAUGGUUAUAGAAACAACUCAGUAUCUGGGACUGGAGGGACAUUCCUGUUUGAUAAUUUGUUUCCUGGAAUGUUCUAUUUACGUCCUGUUUUAAAGGAGUAUGCUUUCUCACCUACAGCACAGGCAAUAGAGCUUGGAGCAGGGGAGUUUAGAGAAGUUAUUUUUCAGGCCACGCGUGUAGCUUACAGUGCUACAGGCAAAGUCACCUUGUUGUCUGGCCAACCCAAAGGAGAAGUUUCAAUUGAAGCCCGGUCAGAGUCAAAAGGCUAUUUUGAGGAAACUCUGACAGAUUCUUCUGGAAAUUAUCGUCUGAGAGGAUUACUGCCUGAUACUGUCUAUGUUGUUAAAGUAGCUAAAAGGGAUGUUGUGGGCAGUUCUAAUAUAGAGCGUGCAUCUCCAGAUUCUAUUGGUGUCAAGGUUGGAAAAGAGGAUAUCAAGGGUUUGGAUUUUAUAGUUUUUGAGGAACCGGAAAUGACAAUUAUAAGUUGCCAUGUCGAAGGAAAUGGUACAGAUGAACUGCGUAAACACCUGAUGGUUGAAAUCAGGCCAGCUAGUGACACAACCAGGGUAGAGUCAGUCUUCCCCCUGCCAAUUUCUAACUUCUUUCAAGUCAAGGGCUUAUCAAAGGGCAGACACCUUCUACAGCUUCGAUCUGGUCUCCCAUCAAGCUCGCUCAAAUUUGAAUCUGAUAUUGUUGAGGUCGACUUGGAGAAAAAUAUUCAAAUCCAUGUGGGCCCACUGCGAUACAGGAUUGAAGAUCAGCUGAAGCAGGAGUUGACUCCAGCACCAGUAUUCCCUCUUAUAGUUGGAUUUGUAGUUGUUGCACUAUUUCUUAGCAUGCCAAGAUUGAAGGAUUUGUAUCAAGCCACAGUAGACAUACCCACGCCAGGACUCAGUGCGACUUCAAGAAAAGACGUGAGAAAGCCAACGUUGCGAAAGAAGACAUAUUAAUUCUCCUUUCCGACCAAAGGAGGCAUACGGUAGCAUAACUUCUCUUAGUUGAGUUACUCUGAUAGUAUUCACGUUAUCUGAUAGGUUCGUAUGGGCAGAAUGCAAAAUAGAAUGUAAUUAUUAAAUCUUCCUUGACUGUUUGUAUCAUUUUUGUACUUCACUUUUUGGCUGAGGAGCAAAGGUAAAUGGAAGCAAUAUGUAUCUGUUGCUGGUCAAUUUUUAUUUUUUCGCAUCCAAGGUAUUAAGCACGAACGUUUUGACACUUUGGAAGUGCCGGUUGUUUAUCAUACAAUGAAAGAACUGGGUUUUGCAUUUUAUUAAGGGAAUGAAUAAUGCUAUUCG